GGAUCGAAUUCGGAUAAAACAUUACGUCGGGUCGGGUUGCUUUAGCUCAAAGCCGGAAACCGUCCGGCGGUGGAAACAGAGCAAAACUCUUCGCCAGAUGGGAACGGCAAAGCUCCGAGCACCCGCAGGCUUUCUACUUCCCAUUCCGCAGUCUCCGGUGGUCAGAAAAUGCCUGAAUUGCAAGCGGCUAACUCCACAAAUCACUCGGAUCAAGCAAGCGGUGACAAUUGAUGAAAUUCCCCCAAAUUCCUUGAUGCGCGCCAGAGACCCGUGUUGGAGCAGCACUGGCUUCAGUCUUGGGGUCGACUUGGGAUCGAGUCGCACUGGCCUCGCUAUUAGCAAAGGCUUCUCCUUCCGGCCAUUAAUGGUUUUGGGACUGAAAGGCCAGAAGCUAGAAGAUCAACUCAUUGAUAUUGCUCAGAAGCAGGAGGUUGAUGAGUUUAUAGUUGGGCUUCCCUUAUCCAGUGAUAGGAAGGAGACUCCACAGUCAAACAAAGUUCGAAGUGUUGUUGGUAGACUAGCACUGCGAGCUGCUGAGAGGGGAUGGAGAGUAUAUCUGCAGGAUGAGUAUGGGACAUCAAGUGAGGCUAUGGACCACAUGAUUACUAUGGGCCUCGGCAGAUCGACUCGUCAAGAGAAAUGUGAUGCAUAUGCAGCCGUGAUGUUGCUUGAGAGAUACUUUUCAAUGUCCGGUGAUGGAGUAGAACUUGUUGUACCCAAGCAACCGGAACUCCAAAUCAAGUUGAGAAAAACCUCUUCCAUUGGCACUGAUGUUUUUCUGGAUUGAUUUCUCAAUUGAUGGAAACUUCAGCCUUCAGGAUUAUAAUGUGUAUAUAUGAGCAAGGGGACAAACAGCUAUCAGCUAGUUGAGUGUGCUCAAGUUCAUGGAGGUAGAGUUCACUUGGAUUUUCAUGUUAGUUUUCUUGUACACUUUCAUUCUUGUUAUUUGCCACCAAGAAUAAUACAACAUUCCAAAUAUUGAGAGCUAUGUUAGUUGAGUAUGUUGUCAAUUGAAAUUCUAUUGUGUGUUGCUCUAUUGCUGAAUAUUGAUUGACUUGUCUUAUAUUGAAAUUUCGGUUGCGUUUGAAUUUUGGGUUGUUUUUUUUUUUUGCUCCAAAAUGGUGGUUAGAGAUAGCAGUGACCAAGAAAUUAGUAAGCAUUGU